CGACGGCCCCGGGGUCAGAAUGUUGAAUACGUUUUCCGUACUAUCGCCACACUUUAAGUUUAAGUACAAGUUUGUGACGAUCGACAAUUUGGCGUUCAAGUGCCACUACCGUGCCACGUUCAUCAUACUGCUGGUGUGCACCCUGCUCGUCACCUCCAGACAGUACAUCGGAGAGCACAUCCGGUGUAUCACGGGCGGAUCCAUACCGGAGCAUGUCAUCAACACGUUCUGCUUCUUCACCACCACGUUCACCGUGAUCCGGCACUACAAUGAGACGCUGCUCCAGCAAGGCAACCUGCCCCAUCCGGGAGUCGGUCCCAUGUACAGCGAAGAUCCGACGAAACGGCACGCUUACUAUCAGUGGGUACCGUUUGUUCUGUUCCUGCAGGCGCUUACGUUCUACGCACCGCACAAGAUAUGGCGCAUGAAUGAAGGUGGACGACUGAAGAAGCUGAUGGAGGGAUUGCACAUGGCCAAACUCAGUGAGCACUAUGCGGCCAAAGACAACAUCACGAUCGGCCCGAAGUACACGCUCCUGUCGCGGGAUAACGUUGACGCGAAACUAACCGCCGUAAAGAAUGAGUUUUUUAAGCACAUCCAAGCGCACACGGAUUGGGCGAGGAUUCACUGCUUUUGCGAGUUGCUGAACCUGGCCAAUUGCGUGCUACAAAUGGUGUUCACGCACCUCUUCCUGGGACGCCAGUUCUGGGACCUGGGACCCCGGUUCCUGGCGGAUGAUUUCACCGGCACGAUGGACGUGCUGGAUACGGUGUUUCCGAAGGUAACCAAGUGCCACUUCUACAAGUACGGUCCGACGGGAUCGAUCCAGAAACACGACGCCCUGUGUGUGAUGGCGCUCAAUGUGAUCAAUGAGAAAAUUUUCACCUUUCUCUGGUUCUGGUACGUGGCGCUAUUGACGAUCUCCGUGCUGGCGAUCGUCUGGCGAUUGGUCACCUUGGUGCUGCACAACAGAUGGACCAAGCUGACCGCGGCUAUACUGUCGCUGGCCAGCCCCGGGAGACUGAAUCCGCAGGACGUGGAGAUCGUUACGUACCGGUUGAAGUUCAGCGAAUGGCUGUUCCUGUACUACCUGGCCAAAAACAUGGACGGCCACCUGUUCCGCAAAGUUCUACGAGGAAUCGUUGACGAUCUGCAGCACCCGGCGACGAGCAUGAGUUCGGUGAACAGCGAUCCGCUCGAGGAGCACGGUAAGGCGUUGAGUAUCGAUACGGUUGACGGGGCUUUCGAUGAGGACGAUCUGCUAAACCGUCGGACGCCGACAAAGGACACCCGGUUCCGAUAUGAGGUGGAACACAAGAAAGCCUAGCGAACAAGAU